AUAUCCAAAGUGUGGCGUUUUAUCUCCUCCAUGAAAAGCCAUAAACCCCUAGUGAUUCUUGUUCUGGCGGGAAGAACGAAAACCCAUAAACCCUCGCCCGGUCGCUCCCUCCUCUCCCUUCUCCCCAGCAAAAUCCCUAGAAAACCCCAAUCCCCAGCAUGCACCGUGUGGUAACCAGCUCCCUCGUGGCGUCCUCACCUCGAUGGCUCUCACUCGCGGGAUUUCUCCGAUCCUUCGCCAUCCGGAGGCUCUACAAAUCGCCGUUUCCAAGAUGGUGUUGCAGGCUUGUAGAAAGAAAAUAUUGUUCUAAAUCACAUGAAAUUCUGGUCAGAGUACCUAAGGUCUCUGGAAGAUUAAAACAGUCAAAAAUUCUUUAUGAGGUAGACCAUCAGUCUCACAUUUUGUGGUGGAAAGAGAAAAUGCAGACGUGCAAAAAGCCUUCUUCAGUUCAGCUGAUUAAGAGGCUCAAGUAUACAAAUUUAUUAGGAUUGGAUGUUAGCCUUAGAAAUGGAAGCUUAAAAGAAGGAACUCUCAACAUGGAGUUAUUGCAAUUUAAAUCGAAGUUUCCCCGUGAAGUUUUACUAUGUAGAGUUGGAGAUUUCUAUGAAGCAAUUGGAUUUGAUGCUUGUGUUCUUGUUGAGCAUGCUGGUUUAAAUCCUUUUGGGGGGUUGCGGUCAGAUAGUAUUCCAAGGGCCGGCUGCCCUGUUGUGAACUUGCGCCAAACUUUGGAUGACUUGACUCGAAAUGGGUUUUCUGUUUGCAUAGUUGAGGAGGUUCAGAGCCCAACCCAGGCUCGUUCUCGUAAAAAUCGAUUUAUAUCUGGCCAUGCACAUCCAGGUAGCCCUUAUGUAUUUGGGCUUGCUGGGGUUGACCAUGAUGUUGAGUUUCCUGAUCCAAUGCCUGUAGUUGGGAUCUCACAUUCUGCAAAAGGAUAUUGCAUGGUCUCAGUCCUAGAAACCAUGAAAACAUUUUCGUCAGAAGAUGGCCUUACAGAAGAAGCAAUAGUUACCAAGCUCCGCACAUGCCGGUAUCACCAUUUAUAUCUGCACACUUCUUUGAGACAAAAUUCUUCAGGUACUUGUCGCUGGGGAGAAUUUGGUGAGGGGGGACUUUUGUGGGGAGAAUGCAAUGGAAAGCCCUUUGACUGGUUUAAUGGUGAUCCUGUCGAAGAGCUUCUAUGCAAGGUAAGAGAGAUAUAUGGUGUUGACCAAGAAACCACAUUUCGGAAUGUUACUAUAUAUUCAGAGAGAAGGCCUCAACCUUUGUAUCUUGGAACUGCAACUCAAAUAGGAGUCUUACCAACCGAGGGAAUUCCUAGCUUGUUGAAGGUUUUGCUUCCUGCAAACUGUGUUGGUCUUCCAAUAUUGUAUAUUCGAGAUCUUCUUCUUAAUCCUCCCACUUAUGAGACUGCUUCGGCAAUUCAAGAGACAUGCAGGCUUAUGAGCAAUGUAACUUCUUCAAUCCCUGAGUUUACUUGCAUGUCAGCACCAAAGCUUGUGAAAUUGCUCGAGUCAAAGGAGGUAAAUCAUGUAGAGUUCUGUAGAAUAAAGAAUGUAGUUGAUGAAAUUCUGCAGAUGAGUAGAAGCACUGAGCUUGCUACAAUCCUACAUAUACUGUUAGAACCAACUUGGGUAGCAACUGGACUGAAAGUUGAAUAUGAUAGACUGGUGAAUGAAUGCAGUUUGGUUUCAAAAAGGAUAGGUGAAAUAAUCUCCUUGGGUGGUGAAAGCGAUCAGGAGAUUAGUUCAUUUGAAUGCAUUCCUAGGGAGUUCUUUGAGGAUAUGGAAUCAUCAUGGAAAGGCCGUGUGAAGAGGAUCCAUGCAGAGGAGGCAUUUGCAGAAGUGGAGAGGGCUGCCAAGGCCUUAUCUGUUGCAGUUAUGGAAGAUUUGUUUCCAAUUGUUUCAAGAGUCAAGUCUGUUGUCUCUUCUCUUGGAGGUCCAAAGGGGGAAAUAUGUUAUGCAAGAGAGCAUGAAGCUGUUUGGUUUAAAGGUAAGCGUUUCAUGCCAGCUGUGUGGGCUAACACCCCUGGGGAAGAACAAAUCAAGCAACUGAGACCUGCUAUGGAUUCAAAAGGGAGAAAGGUUGGAGAGGAAUGGUUUACCACAAUAAAAAUUGAGGGUGCUCUAAACAGGUAUCAUGAAGCCAGUGAUAAGGCAAAGAAUAAAGUUUUGGAGUUAUUAAGAGGACUUUCUGGUGAAUUGCAGACAAAUGCUAACAUUCUUGUUUUCUCUUCCAUGUUGCUUGUAAUAGCGAAGGCACUUUUUGGUCAUGUUAGUGAAGGCCGAAGAAGGGAAUGGGUGUUUCCUAAGCUCAAGGAGUUUCACAGUCCUGAGGAUAAGAUAGCAGGAAACACUAUCAAAAUGGAGUUAUCAGGAUUAUCUCCUUACUGGUUUGAUGCGGCACAAGGCAAUGCCAUACAGAACACUGUUAAAAUGCACUCGCUAUUCCUUCUGACUGGGCCAAAUGGUGGUGGUAAAUCUAGUUUGCUUCGAUCAAUUUGUGCUGCUGCAUUGCUUGGAAUUUGUGGGCUUAUGGUGCCUGCUGAGUCAGCUGUCAUUCCUGAUUUGGAUUCUGUUAUGCUGCACAUGAAAGCUUAUGAUAGUCCUGCUGAUGGGAAAAGUUCAUUUCAGAUUGAGAUGUCAGAAAUGCGCUCCAUAAUCACUAGAGCUACCCCAAGGAGCUUAGUUCUUGUGGAUGAAAUCUGUAGAGGCACAGAAACUGCUAAAGGAACCUGUAUUGCUGGUAGCAUUGUUGAGAUGCUUGAUUGCACUGGCUGCCUGGGCAUCGUAUCAACCCAUUUGCAUGGCAUUUUUGACUUGCCUUUAGCCACAAAAAAUACCGUCCACAAAGCAAUGGGAACAGAGGUUGCAGAUGGCCGCAUAAGACCAACAUGGAAGUUGAUAGAUGGAGUGUGUAGAGAGAGUCUUGCCUUUGAAACUGCCCAGAAGGAAGGCAUUCCCGAAAAAAUCAUUCAAAGAGCCGAAGAGCUAUAUCUCUCAAUGAAUGUGACUGAUUCACGCAUUGCUCCAAAUUCUACAAAAGCUGAGCAUUUCAAUGCAAAGUCUAAUGCAAGGGGUCUUGGUGAAAUCUGUGAUUCUUCAAGGACUAGUUUAGAUUUUCUUCCUUCUGGCAACUUGGAACUAUCACAGAAGGAAGUUGAGAGUGCGGUUACCAUAAUCUGCCAGAAGAAGUUGAUAGAGCUUUACAAGAAGAAAAGCAUAUCUGAGCUUGCAGAGGUGAUGUGUGUUGCAGUUGGUGCUAGGGAGCAGCCUCCGCCCUCUAGCGUGGGCACUUCCUGCAUCUAUGUACUCUUCAGGCCUGACAAGAAAUUAUAUGUUGGACAGACGGAUGAUCUAGUGGGCCGAGUUCGUGCUCAUCGUUCCAAGGAAGGCAUGCAAAAUGCGGUGUUCCUAUAUGUUAUAGUACCAGGAAAGAGCAUUGCGAGUCAACUUGAGACCCUUCUCGUCAACCAGCUCCCCCUUCGAGGUUUCAGGCUUGUCAACAAAGCUGAUGGUAAGCAUCGUAAUUUUGGCACAUCUAGACUCCCCAUAGAAGCCAUUACGUUGCACCAAUGAAGCAAUGUGUGGCCGGUGGAUGCACCCUAUGCUAUGGUCGUCAUCUUGGCUGCAAACAAGGUAUCCACAAUUUUUUUUUUUCUUCCAUUACCGUUUUCUUUGUUUUUUGUUGAUUUC